AUGACCACACGGUCCUUUGGCAGAAGGCACCCGGCGGACUACGACGCCCAGGUCCGCGUCAACAACCUCGGUGACUCUGGAGAAGAGCUACCCAAGCUGAGGCCCAAACCUCAGAGCACCUCCAAAUAUGGCGUAGCGGUCAGAGUGCAGGGCAUCGCCGGGCAGCCGUAUGUGGUCCUGAAGGAUGGACAGAGGGGAGACUCGUACGGGGUCCAGCUCAGGACCGACUACUCCUCUAGCUACGGCAGCCUUCCCCGGAGGAAAGAGAAGGCAGAGGUUCAAGCAGAGAGGAGUGAUGUUGGGGGAGUGGGAGGCCAGCUGGGACUGCUCCGCCGGGUUCAGUCUCACGGCUCACUGCUAGACAAGGAUGGAGGUGGCAGUAGUGAGGAUUUUCAGCUGUCUAGACCCCCUGGGGAUGGGAAGUCUGGGAGUUAUGGGAAUUUGGAUGGAGGGAUUGGAGUAAGGAGAGGCAGAGAGGAGGUGUGGGGUACCAGUGGCAGAGGAAGGGUUGCAGAAAGCACUUUGUCGGAUCGUUCUCACCAGAUAGGGUCUAACAGGUCAUUGGAAUCAGUUAGGAACAAUGAUUCGUACCCUGACUCUCGCCAACAGGCUAACGGGCCUCCCCCCUAUCAGAGACAGACCCCUGUCAACAGACUGGUUACCAGAUAUGAUGGUGCAGCACCUGGAAACCAACAGAGAGGACUUUCCCCUUCUCAACAGCAUCCCAGAGCUACGUCUCCUCUCCUCCACCCCAAACCUUACACCUCGACUCCAUCCUCAGCUCACAGCAGCUUGGGACACGGCCAGGCUUCGGGCUCCAGAGUCGCUGGACUCUCAGCUAAUCAAUGGACCUCAGAGGAGCCCCGACAUGUGGAUCGGACCGAGUUGCAGGUGACCCCUGACCUUUUGCUGGACCAGGUUCAGAGUGCUGAGAUAAGUUUUGAGGAGGACCAGGUGAUGAAGACUGUGUACAACAUCCUGAGACAGGGUUCUUCUGAGAAUGAUGAUGUCAUCAGACACAAAGUCAGGAGUAUUUUUCUGAAUUUUCAGAGCAUAAUGCCUAAGGAAAGCCCUCGGGAGGAGUGGAUAAGAGAAAAAAGGGAGUUGGAGACAAAGGUGGCUCAACUGCAGACUGCCCUGCGCGAAGAAAGGAGGGACUCGGCCAGCAAUUCUGACCCCGUUCUGAAAGCCGAGCUCGAGUCGUGUCUGGAUGAAAAUCUGCAGCUCCAGGAGAUUCUGGACCGGAAGACGAAGGAGCUGAAUGAAACACAAUCAGAGCUGACUCAGCUGCGCAUGGAAAGAGAGAAAGCAGAAAGUCGGGUGAGAGAGAUGGAGGACCACCUGGCGGAGCUUCAAGAUGAGCUACGAAGAGAAAACGGCAGCAAGACGGACUUGAUGUCUAGUCAAGCACAGCUGAUGGAGCUCUCCCAGCUGAAGCACAAGCUAGAGGAGACACUCAGACAACGAGAGAGGGAGCUCACUGCUCUGAAAGGCGCUCUGAAGGAAGAGGUGGCAUCACACGACAGAGAGAUCGAGGUGCUGCGAGAACAGUACAGCGCUGACAUGGAGAAACUGCGCAGCAGCAUGGAGCAGGUGUCCCAGUCUCACGCUGGGAUCGAGGCCGAGCGGCUGCGCGUGAACUCGUCCGUCCGCACCUUGCAGCAGCAGCUGGAGGAUUGCAGAGACGAGAGCAACCACUGGAUGGAGCAGUUUCACUCCACCAGGGACGAGCUUCGAAGCACCAAACAAGAGCUUCUGCAAAUCCGUCUGGAGAAAGAGGAAUCUGAGGAUGAGCUGAAGGAGCUUAAGGAGAGAAUGAGCACAGUGAAGCAGCAGGCAGCAGACUCCAGCCAGUCAGAAGCUCUCACCCAGGAGCUCCAGCGGUGCAGCGCUGAUCUACACAAGACCAGGUUAGAGCUGGAGAAGCAGAGGACUGAGUAUGACAAGAAGGUCAUGGAAACCAUUUCCCUGAAAAAGUCUCACCAGAACCAGGAGGCAGAGCUAAAGUAUGAGAUCGACAGGCUGAAGGACCAGUUACAGAGGACCAAAGAUGACUGUGUAAAGGCACAAGAGAAAAAUAAACAGCUCCCAAGUCCAGUAACCAUUUCGGAGCUGGAGCAGAAGCUCAGUGAGGCUCAAAGAGAAGCCAGCCAGCUUAAAGUGAAACUCUCUACAACCGAGGAAGAACUGGAAACUGCUAGAACAGGUCUCAGUAAAGCUGAGAUGGACGUUAACUCCCUCCGAGAUGCUCAGAAGGAUCAGGAGGCGGCUAACACUCGCCUCAAAGAGAAACUCUCUCGAUUAGAGGCUCAGCUGCAGAGCAACGCCAGCGAGAGCUCUGAGGUGGAGCUCGCCCUGCACUCCGAGGUCAGAAGCCUCCGAUCUGAGCUGGAUGAGGGGAAGAGAAAAGCUUCCAGACUGAGCCAGGAACACCGUGAACUCAGCCUGCGUCUGGAGGACACAGAGAGGGACAGAGAGAUGCUCAAGCAGACAAUCACCCAGCUGGAGGACAGCAAACGGCAGCAGGAGAAAACCAUGGAGAAACUCAACAAAGAAUACGAGUCUCUGAAUGUGACCUCAAAAGAAGGGAUCCAGGCUCUGAAGGCUCAGCUGGAGGAGCAGAGAGAGCGAACACGGAAGGAGGUGCAGGACGCACAGCGUCAUGGAAACGAUACAAAAUCCGAGCUGGAUCGAAACCAACAAAGCUUAAGGAGACUGGAGGAAGAAAUGUUGCGACAGAAGAAGGAGCUUCAACUUGCAUGCGAAGAGAGGGACAACCACCAGCUGGACAAGGAGCUCCUCACCAACAGACUGCGCCACCUAGAGGGAGAGGUAGAGACCAGCAAAAACAGCCUUAAUGAGAAAACGCGCGAGAUUCGCAUCCUCGAGGACAAGCUGAAGCGUGUGGAGUUGGAGCUGGAGGAGGAGAAAAGCUCAGUGGAGAUGCUGACGGACCGAGUGUCCAGGAGCAGAGACCAGAUCGACCAGCUCCGCUCUGAGCUCAUGCAGGAGAGAUCCUCUAAACAGGACCUGGAGCUGGACAAGAACGCCAUGGAGAGACACCUGAAGGAGCUGAGGAACCGUGUGGCCGAGAUGGAGGGUCAGUCUCGCUCGUCAGCGGGAGUUUCUCAGCUGGAAAACAAGAUCCAGGAGCUGGAGGACUGCCUGCGAGCUGAGGAGAGAGAGAAGAACACCAUGUUGUCGUCACAACGUCGCCUGGAGAGGAAGCUGAAAGAGCUCAACAUGACGCUGGAUGAGGAGAGACAAAUGCACACCGAACAGAGAGAUCAGCUUACCCUGAGGGUGAAGGCCCUGAAGCGGCAGGUGGACGAGGGAGAGACGGAGCUGGAGAGGAUUGAGACUCUGAGGAGGAAAGCCCAGAGAGACAUGGAGGAGCAAACGGAGCUGAAGGACGCUCUGCAGGCCAGAGUCACUGCUCUGGAAACGGAACUCAAGAGGAAAACUCAAGCAUCGAUGAGGCCGGCUCUGGAUUCGUCCGCCCUCAGCUCAGACGACGACGACAGCCUGUACGACCCGUCCACCAUCACCUCGUUCCUCACCGAGAGCAACCUCCAGACCAGCUCCUGCUAA